AUGGCGUCGGCGGAAGAGGGUGCGGGCGGGGGGAGCGCGCAAUGGGGCGCGGGGGGCGGGGACGAAGCGGAAGGGGGCGAAGGGGGGGAGCAUGAGAGCACGGCGGCAAAGAAGCUGCAGAAGGCGGAUAGAGAGAAGAUGCGGCGGGAUCGACUCAACGACCAAUUCAUGGAACUCGCGAGUGUCCUCGAUCCUGACCGUCCGAAGAACGACAAGGCGACGAUUCUGAGCGACGGGCUGACGAUGCUUCGCGAGCUGCGUGCGAACGUGAACCGACUGCGCGCCGAGCACAGCGCGCUCGUGGACGAAUCGAAAGAGCUGGCGGCGGAGAAGUCGGAGUUGCGGCAGGAGAAGGGCGCGCUGAAGGGCGAGGUGGACGCGCUUAAGGGGCAGCUGCACCACCGCAUUUUCGCCCUCAGAUGCUGA